AUGUUUCAAGUGCCUCUACCUGCUAGUCAUGCAGAGAGAUCUGAGAACUUCGAUGGGGCUAAUUUUAAGAGGUGGCAACAGAAAAUGUUGUUCUACUUGACUACGUUGGGCCUUACGAGGUUCCUGACUGAAGACGCACCACCAAGUAGUGAAGAGAGUGACAAAGAGACUCUGAUGGCGGUGGAUGUAUGGAAGAAUUCUGAUUAUUUGUGUCGGAGUUAUGUCCUAAAUAGCCUACCUGAUGUCCUAUUUGGAGUGUACUGGGACAUGAAGUCAGCGAAAGAGCUGUGGGAAACUUUGGACUGGAAGUACAAGACUAAGAACACAGGAUUCGGAAAGUUUGUGGUAGGUCGUUUCUUGGACUAUAUGAUGGUGGAUAUCAAGCCACUGAUAAGUCAAGUACAUGAGUUGCUAGUGCUCAUCCAAGAACUUCUAGCAAAAAGGAUGUUCAUUAAUGAAGCCUUUCAAGUUGUUACUAUGAUUGAGAAGCUGCCUCAUAGUUGGGGAGAUUUUAGAAAUUGUCUCACGCACAAGAGAAAGGAAAUAGACACGGAGGCUCUUGUUGAAAAGCUUCGAAUUGAAAAUGACAAAAGGAGAUCUGAUAAAAGAUCCAUGAAGGUCGGGGUGAAGGCUAAUGUUGUGGAUCAUGGAAGUAGCUCCAAGAACAAGAAGAAAUCUGGAAAAAAUUUCAAAGUUGGGGCUUAA